CCGCCGGAAGCGACUUCCAUCCACAGUUGCCCUUUGCUUACUACACGCGCCGCCGCCAGUGCCCGGUACACACUAGUCCGGGCCCGGUACACACUAGUCCGGGCACCAGUACGACCACAAUGGCGGCCUCAACCCUGCUGCGCGCGACGCCCCUCUUCAGCGGUCUCGGCGCCGGCCCGACCCCACUGCUGAAGGGUCUUUUGCGGCCGCUGAAGGCCCCGGCAUUGCCCCUCUUGUGCCGCGGCCUGGCUGUGGAGGCCAAGAAGAUCUAUGUGCGCGACAAGCCCCAUGUAAACGUGGGUACCAUUGGCCAUGUAGACCACGGCAAGACCACACUGACCGCGGCCAUCACGAAAAUUUUAGCCGAGGGAGGUGGGGCCAAGUUUAAGAAAUACGAGGAGAUUGACAACGCCCCUGAGGAGCGAGCCCGAGGUAUCACAAUCAAUGCCGCCCAUGUGGAGUACAGCACCACUGCCCGCCACUACGCCCACACGGACUGUCCCGGUCAUGCAGACUACGUUAAGAAUAUGAUCACAGGCACAGCCCCCCUCGACGGCUGCAUCCUGGUGGUGGCAGCCAACGAUGGCCCCAUGCCCCAGACCCGAGAACACUUAUUACUGGCCAAACAGAUUGGAGUAGAGCGUGUGGUGGUGUAUGUGAACAAGGCGGAUGCUGUGCAGGACUCUGAGAUGGUGGAGCUGGUUGAGCUGGAGAUCAGGGAACUGCUCACUGAAUUUGGCUACAAAGGGGAGGAGACUCCGAUCAUCGUUGGCUCCGCCCUCUGCGCCCUUGAGCAACGUGACCCUGAGCUAGGCUUGAAGUCUGUACAGAAGCUGCUGGAUGCUGUGGACACUUACAUCACAGUGCCCACCCGGGACCUGGAGAAGCCUUUCCUGCUGCCUAUAGAGUCAGUGUACUCUAUCCCCGGCCGGGGCACGGUGGUGACAGGCACACUAGAGCGUGGCAUUUUGAAGAGGGGAGAUGAGUGUGAAUUCCUGGGACAUAGCAAGAAUAUUCGCAGUGUGGUGACAGGCAUUGAGAUGUUCCACAAGAGCCUGGAGAGGGCAGAGGCAGGCGACAACCUUGGGGCCCUGGUCCGUGGCUUGAAGCGGGAGGACCUGAGGCGUGGCCUGGUCAUGGCCAAGCCAGGUUCCAUCCAGCCCCACCAGAAGGUGGAGGCACAGGUGUACAUCCUCAGUAAGGAGGAGGGUGGCCGCCACAAGCCCUUUGUAUCCCACUUCAUGCCUGUCAUGUUCUCCCUGACUUGGGACAUGGCCUGUCGGACUGUCCUGCCUCCAGGGAAGGAGCUUGCCAUGCCCGGGGAGGACCUGAAGCUCACUCUAAUCCUGCGGCAGCCAAUGAUCUUAGAAAAAGGCCAGCGUUUCACCCUGCGAGAUGGCAACCGGACCAUCGGCACCGGCCUCGUCACUGACACACCAGCCAUGACCGAGGAGGACAAGAACAUCAAGUGGAGCUGAGUCUGGACCUCUGCUGGGGCUCUCUUGUGUUCAUGGCUGUGCUGGCCAGUGUUCUCUCCUGCCUCUCGUGCCCCCUUCUCAGGGCAGAGGCUGCAGCCCAGCCGAGUUGCAGCUAGACUGACACUUCCCCUGGCCAGAGGGCCACGUGGCUGGCCAGGUGAGGUAGGUCAAUAAACUGUUUUGUGAAUAGAAAG